UGUGUGGACAAUAUAAAAGCUGAUGACAUGUGAGGACAUUCAUCAGAUCAUCAGACGACGUAGUCACAACAACAAUCCUACCAAAAUGUUCGUGAAGUUCGCCGUCUUGUUCUUCUUCGUGGCCGCCGCCAGCGCCUCAGACCUCUCCAGCUUCGCCUACAGCGUCGCCGACCCCAACACUGGUGACUUCAAGAACCAGAUCGAGAGCCGUGUCGGAGACAACGUCCAGGGACAGUACUCCCUCUUGGAGUCUGAUGGAACCCGCAGGACCGUUGACUACGCUGCUGGUGCUGAGGGCUUCAACGCGGUCGUGAGGAAGGACCCUGCUCUGAUCGCCGCUGCUCCAGUUAUCGCCCCCUACCCCUACGCUUACGCCUCCCCUUACGCUUUCGCCAAAUACGGCUCCUUCGGAUAUGCCGCUCCUUACUCUUACGGACGCAUCUUCUACUAAAUUGAUAUGUAACUGAUUAGAAAUAAACGACCGAGCCCUAA